CCUAAGAAAAUCGAUAUGAAAGCGAAUUGGCUGAGAUAAUCGUAUGUAAAUUCCAAUCAAAAAGAAAACUUAAGAAAUUGGUGUGUUAGAUAAAAACAAAGAAAGAAUGGAAAAUUUGUGGUUUGAAGUGUGUUCACGUCAGAAAAUAGAUCAAAAUGUGUCUCAGGAGUGGCUGGGUAAAAUCCUCAACAAUUAUUCACAGGAUGAGCGGGUUUAUCACAAUCAAAAUAUGUUUUUGCAAAAGGAAAAGUAUUUGAGAGAAAGAAAAGUCAAUGAUUGUGUUAUAUUGGCUGCAAUUUUCCAAUACUAUAUUUUUGAUCCCAAGAAAGAUAGUCAAGUGGAAAAUUGUCAGGCUUUCCGGGACUUUUUGGCGGCAGCUAAAGUCGAUAAUGACAAUCUCGAAAAAUAUGUAACUAAACUUUUGGGAGAAAAUAACGCAGAAGAUAUGGAAGGAUUUCAGGAUGAUGCACAAUUUCUGCAAGAUUUAGAUUUAGCAAUAUUGGGCGGGACUCCGGAAGAAUAUAAGAACUACACGGAAUUGCUUCAAAAGGAAUACAAAUACUUGAAUACAGAAGCCUACAAAUCCACCCGAUUGAAGAUACUCAAGACAUUUCUAACAAUCCCCAAUAUCUACUCCACCAACUUCUUCCGGGAGCGUUUGGAGGAAUCCGCCAGACGCAAUAUCAGGAAGGAAAUUGAGGAAUUGAAAGUAUAAGCUGUGAAUAUCACUCGCCAGUGUUCUUUUUUUUUGGUUGUUAAUGCAAUUGCAAAUUGUGCUUAUAUUCUCGAAUAAUAUCAAUAAAUUAUUACGCAGUACAACUCUCAGUAAUGGAAAUUAAAAAAAAAAACAAA